AUGUCGACAGAAAGAAAAGCUUGGACCCAGGAUGUAAACUCUAUACAGGAAGACGAUGCAAUACGAGCACUAGUAGAAGAAUAUGGGGUAAAGCAUUGGACACAAAUUUCACAAUUACUAUUAGAAAAAUUUGGAAUCAAAGGACGGUAUGUUCUAUUUAGGUCGGGCAAGCAGUGCCGAGAGCGCUGGCAUAACCACAUUGACCCACUGAUCUCCAAAGAUUCUUGGUCAAAAGAAGAAGAAAGCAUUAUUUUUCAAUAUCAAAAACUAUACGGAAAUCGGUGGUCAGAGAUAGCAAAACACCUGCCUGGGAGGUCAGAUAAUGCUAUAAAAAACCAUUUUUACAGCACAAUUCGGAAAAAUUUACGAAGACACAACAGAAAAAAACCAGCAAGUGAAAGAAUUUCAGGGCCCAUAAAGCAGCUACUACAAGAUCAAGACGUUCUUGAUAUAAUCAUGGCUUAUUCGCAACAAGACACAAUUGCGAAAAUUCCUCUAAAAUCAGAGCCAACCAUUUUAACUCCCCCCAUCUUUGAUCGAACGGCUUGCCAUCGUUCGAUCAAGGAUGGGGAUUAAAAACAAUUUUAUAUAUAUAUUUAUUUUUUUUAUUUACUUUUAAAUAAGAGGGUUAAGAGUAUUUAAUAAUUAUUUUUACAGCAAAAAAUUGAAUUAAUUUCAUAAAAAUACCAAUUUUUAAUAUUUUGAUUUAUUAGUUACCCCUUUAAACUGUAUAAAUCUUAAUUUGUUCCAUAUUAAAUAAAUUGUUUUUUUUUAAAAAUUUUAAAGAAUCUCUAUUUUUUUAGAUUAUUGAGUUUUAAGCCUAGGGUGACGGCUAAAUCACUUCGGAUGGUUGAUUCCGUAGCUUUCUGUCGUCUCAAAGUCUCUGAAAACAACUUCACUAGGUGCAUCUUCCCAAGCUUUUGAUAACUAAUAUAUAUUUUAUAUGUAUAAAAAUUUGCAUGAUAUGAAAAUUGUUCGAACAAGGAUGGGGGUUAAAUUCCCCCAAUUUUUAGAAAUUUUUUACAGUCGAUCGUUCGAUCAAGGAUGGGGUGAGUAAGAAGAUCUGAAAGAUUAAGCAGCAGAAAAGAUCUAAAACUUGAAGCAAUGGAAACAGAAGAGAAAACAGAACCAAAACAAGAGCAAUUAGCUGAAGAUAUCCCCGCAUCUCAGCCCACUCCAAGAAGCAUUAUGAAAAAGAAGCCGCAGAUUUCAAUAGACUCUAUGCAAGAAGAGAUGCCUGAAAUCCGGAUUAAUGUUUGCGAAAGACCCAGUGAGGAAAAAUCGAAAUAUUCUUUGGGAAAUUCGCCAUCAAAGAUGGCUGAACUUAUCGAGAGUGCUGAUGCGACUACUCCUCAAUGCAUUAUCACUCCUAGCAAUUUUCUCAGAAGUCCUUUCCGUGGGCCAAAAUUUUUCAAUUUUGGUGACGAAGCAACGGCUGGCUUUAAUUUUGAUGGCUUUAAUAGCCAAGAUUUGACGGAUACUUUUCAAAGAACAGAUUCGUUGGCAUAUGGAUUGCUGAAAUCUGACUCUUUGAACAGCUGGAAAUCAGAUUAUUUAAAAUAUGAUCCUUUUACACAAAAUCCUUCGCCUCAGGCAAGAUCGAUUGUGUUACCACCUUUUUCACCGAUGGACAAGUUCCAGCAUUCAGUAAGUCCUCGAAGUGGUAAUUAG